AUGUCCCGUAAAAGCUGGAUUUUUGAAACUCUAUGCAAAUCACCAACAGAUCUCGAUACUAUUGUUGAACAAUAUGAAUUAACGAAAUUUCGGACGGAAUAUACAUCAGUUGGUGUUAAAUAUACAUAUCGAUGUGCGUUGUACAAAAGAUUCCCAUCGUGCGCCAUGCAACUACAAGCAAAACAAUUGAGCAUGACCGAUGUCGAUACAUUUGAAAUAUCUAAAUUCGGUAAACGCGAUCAUGAAAAACGAGCGUUGACAACGCGCGCUCCAUCACCUAUUCGAGACGAUGUCAAAACGUACGUUGCUGCCGGUCUCUCUGAAACACAAAUUCGACGUGCAGUUACAAUUGAUCACCCUCAAUGGGCUGCACAAAAACAAGUGAGAAGUCUGGUUGGUUAUUAUCGCACAAAGAAUCAUCCGUCGUCAUUUUCAUUGAGUGAUUUGCGUGAUUGGUGUAUAGAACGCUCACAGACACCAGCGCAUACACCAACAGAGAGUGAUACGCCAUUUGUGCUAUAUUCUAUAUGGCAUACACAAAUUACCAAAUGA